UUAUAUAUUCACCAUCAUCACCAAGUACAAGUAUGUAUGCAACAAAAAAGAUGGCUUUCAACAAUGCUAGAGUCAUCCUUCUAGUGCUCCUCGUUGUCUAUGGGGCAAGUUUUUUGGGAGGCGAAAUGAAAGGUGUGGAUGCUAAAAUCUGCCCUCAAAUAUGUUACGGGGCAUCAUACAUGACAUGCCCCUCUUCAGGUGAUAGGCGCCUCUCUCCAAAAUGUAACUGCUGCGUUGCAUCCACUGGCUGUACCCUUUACAACGGUGAUGGAACCACCAUUUGCACUGCUCCCUAGCUACCUAGA